AUGCCCAACACAAGCUUGCGGAAGCCCCAAAAGGGCUUUCGUCGGGGUGGCAAAGCUGCAUAUCACGGCCAAAGAACACGUACUUUUGCCGCUACGUCACGAGCAGAAGGAACUUCAGCAGACGAGAAAUGGGAGCGUACAAGGCUUGCUCAAACGAUAGACGAGAACUUCGGUUUCGGAAGAUAUGAAAGUGGAAAAAAGAAGGAAGGAUGGCUUGUGAAUGUUCAGCCCACUGCCAUUGAGGAUGAGAGAAUACCCGGCGGAAGGGCGGCGUUAGACUGCUACUUCAUCGAACAUGACGGUGCAACGUUCAAAGCGACUGUCGAAUAUGAGCCAUACUUUCUUAUUGCAGUGAAGAGGGGUCACGAAUCGGAGGUUGAGGAAUGGGUCAAACGAGUUCCAGGCGAUGGUGUCGUCAAGACUAUUCGCAGAAUAGAGAAGGAUGAUUUAAAUAUGCCUAAUCAUCUUCUCGGAUAUCGACGAACGUUUUUGGAGCUCAAGUUUGCCAAUGUCAACGACCUCAUGGCUGCCAGGAGGGAUAUUAUGCCCGUGGCCGAGAAGAACAAGAAGAAUAUGAAUGCCAUGGAUGCAUACGCAGAAGUUGCUACAGCCAAUGCCAACUUCGACCUUUACGAUGAUGAUUUACGAACUGAUGACAGAACGACCAACUCAUUCGCCGAGGCGAGUGACUACAUUGUUGAUAUUCGCGAAUAUGAUGUACCAUAUCACGUGAGAGUAAUGAUAGACUUGGAUAUACGAGUUGGCAAAUGGUACUACGUCGAAGUGAAGCACGGAGUGACCAAAAUUCUGCCCAACGAGGACCGAUCUCUUCCAGCGGAUCCGGUAGUUUUAGCAUUCGACAUUGAGACCACGAAGCUUCCGUUAAAAUUUCCCGACGCAGCCAUCGACCAAAUUAUGAUGAUUUCAUACAUGAUUGACGGGCAAGGAUUCUUGAUUACAAACCGAGAAAUCAUCUCUGAAGAUAUUGGAGACUUCGACUACACACCCAAACCAGAAUACCCAGGACCAUUUAUGAUCUUCAAUGAACCAAAUGAGAAGGCUCUUAUCGAGCGAUUCUUUCUUCACGUCAAAGAAGCUAGACCUACUGUUAUCGCUACUUACAACGGUGACUUUUUCGAUUGGCCGUUUGUCGAAGCGAGAGCGAGCGUCAAUGGUAUCGACAUGUACCAAGAAAUCGGGUGGAAGAAAGACAGCGAGGAUCAGUUCAAAUGCAACUACGGUGUCCAUAUGGACUGCUUCCACUGGGUCAAUCGUGACUCUUAUCUGCCUCAGGGUUCUCGAGGUCUGAAAGCUGUAACAGUAGCCAAGCUGGGAUACGAUCCGGAUGAACUUGAUCCGGAGUUGAUGACGCCCUACGCCAGCGAGCGACCGCAAACACUGGCCGAGUACUCAGUGUCUGAUGCCGUCGCUACGUAUUUCCUGUAUAUGAAAUACGUUCACCCCUUCAUCUUCUCUCUGUGUACCAUCCUGCCCUUGGGUGGUGAUGAUACCCUCAGAAAGGGAACUGGAACGCUGUGUGAGAUGUUGCUCAUGGUCCAGGCAUAUCAGAAGGAAAUUGUACUUCCCAACAAACACCAAUCUCCCAAGGAAGCCUUUUGGGAUGGGCAUCUGUUAGAUUCAGAGACAUAUGUCGGAGGACACGUCGAAAGUAUCGAGGCUGGUGUCUUCAGAGCUGACAUUCCCGUGGACUUCGCUGUCGACACGGGGGCAGUUGAUGAAUUGCUUCGUGACCUGGAUGCCGCUCUAAAAUUUGUCAUUACCGUGGAAGAGAAGAAGUCACUGGAUGAUGUUGAAAACUACGAUGAAGUCAAGGAACAAAUUUCACAGAGAUUAAUGAAGCUCAAGGAAACACCAAACCGAAAUGAAAGGCCACUCAUUUAUCACUUGGACGUUGCCUCUAUGUAUCCCAAUAUCAUGACAACAAACCGACUUCAACCUGAUUCCAUGAUUGACGAGUCGGAUUGUGCAGCUUGCGAUUUCAACCGACCUGGAAAGACUUGCGAUCGAAGACUGCCCUGGGCCUGGAGAGGAGAGUAUCUUCCUGCCAAGCGAGACGAAUACAACAUGAUUCGACAUGCUUUAGAAAAUGAAAAGUUCCCAGGAAAGACGCCACAUGCGCCAAUGCGUACAUUUGACGACCUGAGCGCCGACGAGCAGGCCGCUCUGGUGCGAAAGCGUCUCCAGAUAUACUCACAAAAGGUAUACCACAAGAUCCAUGAUUCCACUACCAUCGUCCGAGAAGCCAUCAUCUGCCAAAGGGAAAAUCCUUUCUAUAUUGAUACCGUGCGAGACUUCCGUGAUCGACGAUACGACUAUAAAGGAAAGGCCAAAGUCUGGAAGGGCAAGACGGAAACUCUCAAAUCAUCCGGUGCGCCUGCGGGUGAAGUUGAUUCUGCCAAGAAAAUGAUCAUUUUGUAUGAUUCUCUGCAGUUGGCACACAAGGUUAUUCUAAACUCCUUUUAUGGCUACGUCAUGAGGAAAGGUUCACGAUGGUAUUCCAUGGAGAUGGCCGGUGUUACCUGCUUGACCGGAGCGACAAUCAUCCAGCUGGCUCGACAGCUCGUGGAACGUUUGGGAAGACCUCUGGAAUUGGACACUGAUGGUAUCUGGUGCAUGUUGCCGGCAACAUUUCCCGAGAACUUUGCCUUCAAGUUGAGGAACGGCAAGAAGCUCUCCAUCUCAUAUCCUUGUGUCAUGUUGAACCAUCUUGUCCAUGACAAAUUCACCAAUCACCAAUAUCAGACACUGGUAGACCAGAAGACAUUCAAGUACGAAACUCAUAGCGAUAACUCCAUCUUCUUUGAAGUCGACGGUCCGUACAAGGCAAUGAUUCUACCGACCUCAAAAGAAGAAGACAAAAAUUUAAAGAAGCGAUAUGCAGUUUUCAACGACGAUGGUAGUCUUGCCGAAUUGAAGGGUUUCGAGGUGAAGAGACGUGGUGAGCUCAAGCUCAUCAAAAUCUUCCAACAGCAAAUUUUCAAGUUCUUCCUAGAAGGCGAGGAUCUGACGCAAUGCUACACUGCUGUUGCCAAAGUUGCAAAUCGAUGGCUUGAUGUUCUCCACAGCAAAGGGUCAACCUUGGCGGAUGAAGAGCUCAUGGAGUUGAUUUCGGAAAACCGAAGCAUGUCCAAAACUUUGGAAGAGUAUGGCUCGCAGAAAUCCACCAGUAUUACCACGGCCAAGCGUCUCGCGGACUUCUUGGGCGAGCAAAUGGUCAAGGAUAAAGGUCUAAACUGUAAAUUCAUCAUUUGUUCAAGGCCACGCAACGCACCCGUCACAGAGCGUGCUGUUCCGGUGGCCAUCUUCUCAGCAGAAGAGUCGAUCAAAAGGACGUACUUGAGAAAGUGGCUCAAGGAGGAGCCCACGGAUACUGACCCGAGAGCCCUCCUGGAUUGGGAUUACUAUCUGGAGCGUCUAGGGUCAGUUAUUCAGAAACUGAUCACAAUCCCAGCUGCUUUGCAAAAGGUCCGAAAUCCAGUUCCUCGAGUGCCUCACCCUGACUGGCUUCAAAGGCGUAUCAACAUCAAGGACGACAAAAUGAAGCAGAAGAAGCUCACAGACCUGUUGGCUAAAGAACCCCUGGGUGACAUCACGAAUCUCAAUGGUCCACGAAUGGACGACUUGGAAGACUAUGGAUCCAAACUCCUGAAGCCAAAGCAAGUAAGCACAGCAAUUGCCUCCUCGCAACCAGCACCAACGGUUCAAAAACGCAAAUCACCAGAACCUGCCGAGAAUACGGAUCCCAUGGCUGCGCUACCUAAAGUCAUGCCAAACCCGUCUGAAGAUUAUCCCGCCUUCUUGAAAUAUCAGAAACAAAAGUGGAAAAUUCAGAAGCAAGCGCGGAUACGCCGAAGGCAGCUGUUCGGCGACAGGCGAGGCAUGACUGGCAACAAUAUUCAGCAGACGUUCAUGAAACAGGCACACAUCACAUUCAUGAAUACGUGGCAGCUGCUACACUUGCAAGCCACUGAUAGCCCUGGUGUUGUUACUGCCCAUGUUUUGAUUGAUGCAAAAAUUCAUACUCUGAAAGUCAACGUCCCUCGGCAGGUAUUCCUCAAUCUGAAGGGCAGCGACCUUCCGGAUGUUGACAUUGCAGGCUGCGAGGUAGAGCAAGUCAACUACACUCUUCCAAAUGGCCAUCCUUCCAGCCAUCUCUUUAAGCUUACAGUUCCUGAGGACGUUUAUUUCAAUGAAGCAGCCAAAUUCUCUCUUUUGUUCAACCACCCUAGCGUGGAGGGCGUCUACGAGAAACAAGUACCACUGAACAUUCGAGCUGUGCUCCGCCUUGGAAACCAAUGUACCAUUGAUGAAAAACAAAAUGCAGUACUUGGCAAGGGUCUAGAACAGGGCUUUGAUCUGUUUGGUUUGAAACGGCCAGCAAAGACUAGAACUUACCUGGAGUCAUCUCCCUUGGCUUACAUUUAUCUUUCUCACAUCACAGCUGGUGAGCGUCAGAUCUUCGGUAUCUUCUCAACUACAUCGGAUCAGGGCCACAUCAUCAUCCUUCAGAAAAACAAGGACUCUGGGCAAGACCUCCCCAAUGUUACGAGACUGUAUUCUGAAAUGUUAGCCAAUCGGGCAGCAGAGGUUGCCGGUACCAACUGGCAAGACUGCUUCGCCUACCAGGAAAAGAUCACGUUCAAGAUAACACAAGUGUCUACUCGCCGAAAAGCGCAUCUAGAGAUCAGCGACGUCGUCAAAAAGAUGCGAAAAGACGAGGUCCGACCGCAAAUGAUGGUGAUCCAAUCUUCACAGCGCAACCUGCUCGUCCAUGACAUUCCUGUCCUGGGAGAAUUCCCCGUCUUGCCGUUGAAGUAUAAUGCAACAGAUAGUUCCCUCCCGCCGCUUGGCUGGCAAGCUAUUGUUGCCCGCAGACUUGUCGGUCAUUAUCUUGGCCUUGGCUCAUGGAUAUUACAUCUUACUGCACUUGCGAGAUAUGGUGAUGUUCCAUUGUGUAACUUGGAACGGGAGGAUCCUCGAUUCCUGAUCGAUAUUGCCUAUGCUCGUCGUCUACAGGCCAAUGGAGUCGUUCUCUGGUGGUCAGCUGGUCCUCGACCGGACCACGCUGGCUAUGAAAAGGAUGAUGUCCUUGGUCCUCUCGAUGCUGUCAAGAUGCCCAAUGUCAAUAAUCCAGGUACUUUUGCCUCGGUGUGCAUAGACUUGGAUGUACGGAACCUUGCGAUCAACACGAUACUGACCUCUUCACUCAUCAACGAACUGGAGGGGGCAGACUCGGUGUCGUUCAACCCGACGGCCGAUGGAUCCGAAACGUUGGCUUCUGAUAAUGCCUUUGCCAACGCUGGUGUUCUCGUUCUGCGCGAGAUGGUCAAAGCCUGGUGGGCAGAGGCCUGCAAAGGUAGCACCAUGGCAGACGUUUUGGUUCAACACCUUGUCCGUUGGGUAGAGAACCCAGACUCGUUCAUGUACGACAGAGCAUUACACUACUACGUACAAAUGAUGUCUCGCAAGGCCUUCCAGCAACUCAUGGCAGAUUUCAGACGAGUUGGGUCACAGGUUGUUUUUGCGAAUGCCAACCGCUUGAUUCUCCAGACAACGAAAGCUGAAGUUGGCAAUGCUUUUGCCUACAGCCAGUACAUCAUCAAGUCGAUCAAGAGUAAGCCCCUGUUUCACUUUAUUGAUCUUGAGAUCAAAGAGUACUGGGACUACCUGGUGUGGUACGACGAAUUUAACUAUGGCGGCAAGGGGUGCCAGGAGGUCAUUGAAGCAGACGAACAGAACCUCGAAACCAUCAUGCAUUGGCAAAUGGCCACUUUUCUCCCUGUACGACUGCAGCCGACGUUCCAGGAAUGGAUCAUUGCGUUUAUACAACUCAUGCACAGCCUCAAACGGCCUACGGGCAAUGAUCCCGACUCAACCCCUCGCCUUACACAGCUGCCCAACCGCAAUGCCGAAAACGAGGAGAAUCAAAUAAUCCUUGGGAAGGCAUACGAGAAGCCACUGAAAAGGGCAAUCACCGGUCUGAUAAGUCAGCAAAGGCGAGAGCUCCUGCACCCAGAACUAGCAGAAGACUAUAGCUUCCCUAGUCUGCCUGGUUCUCACUUGACUCCGCGAGGCCCAAUGCUAGAGUUGGUCAAGUCACUCAUGCAAGUACUCUCUCUUGAUAAGAACAUUACUCUCGAAGCCCGUCUACUGCGUAAGGAGCUCUUGGCAUUAUUCGAAGUCCGAGAAUUCUCCAAAGAAGGCACCUUUACAAACCCCUCAGAGAGUCUUAAGCUCGUUCAAAUCUCAUGCGACAGCUGCACCAUGGCCCGUGACUUGGACCUCUGCAGAGAUGAAGAUCUGCAGGGAAAUGACGGCCGAGGCUGGCAAUGCAGUUUCUGCAGCACAGAGUACGACCGUGUUGCUAUUGAAGAGAGAUUGCUGUGCAUGGUCGAGUCUUGGACGGUGGAAUGGGCAACGCAGGAUCUCAAAUGUGCUCGUUGUGGUGCCUUGCGAGUGAAUGAUUUAAUGGAGCAUUGUACAUGCAGUGGGGAGUGGAAGGAGAUUGUGUCUCGAGAGGAGAUUACCCGAAAGUUAAAGGUCAUGAGGAAGGUGGCCAAAUAUUAUGGGCUGAGGAUGUUGAGCGAUAUUGUUGAAGGUCUGUUUUCGGAUAUUUGA